GGUAGUAGUAGUACCCUAACUCAGUUUCCCUGUGAGAUGCCCUUAUGAUAAGGUGAUGACAGCUUCGAUGACAGUUUAUAUCUGUCGCCAACUGCCACCUGCUAGGACGCAGCUGUCACCUGAAAAGCCGUCACUCUGAUUGAAUUGUUUAAUUAGAACAGAAAGCAGGACAAGUGCUGGCGAAAGUACACAUAUGAUAUACAUUACGCUCUAGGGUGUUACGGAAGUACAUAUUUUUUUCGCAAAAUAUUAGUUAGUAUCAGCCAAGUGGAACACUCAACGCUAAAGUACAAAGUACUCGGAUCUAUCGAUGUUUCCUGCGCACACCCCUAAUACUAAUUAAACAGUGCAAAAUAGAUGUACUAUUACAGGACCGUCGCUUCUGUGUAGUGAGUAUUAAUGUAGUGCUAUAACAGCUGAAGCCAAUUUGAUUUGGAAACACCGUGUCGUUUUCGAAGUAGGGUGCGCCCUAAUUGCCACUCCCGUAUAGAUGAAGGUUUCAGUAGUGUGCGUGCGACUUUGCUUGCUGCAAUAAUCAUUGCGGAUACAAACAAGUGCAGUGCACCAGGAUACAAAAGUCGCUACCUAUUGGCGGUUCGUACGCCUACGCUUUACCAAAGACCGUUGUGACAAUCAGCAGGACUUCCCUUUCAUUUCACAACGAAAACAGGGAUCUUGUACUCUCAUUGUAUCGUUGAUAGACAAGGUGAACCAAGCUGCAGUCAAGGUCCACAGAACGUAAUGGAAAACAAAGAAUUCGUUAACAGUUCAUCCAAAGUCACUGAUGAUCGAGAAAAUGGUUGGCCGUCUGGAAAAGGGUGUCGCACCAAGUCUGGCGUUCGUAUCCACAUAACUGCAGAGGAUCUCUUUGCAAGAGACAAUGCGGAUAUAAAAGCGAGUCAUCAAAAUGAAAAAAGUUUCCUUUCUACGAUAUGUUCUCGGUUCCAUCCUGUAAAGUUGAUGCCUGUCCUCGAGUGGCUUCCGCGCUAUCAACUAUCCUACUUCAAAGACGACCUCGUUGCGGCAAUUAUAGUUUUAAUUAUGCAUGUCCCCCAGGGUCUUGCCUACGGUGAAUUGGCUGGCGUUAGCGCGGUACAAGGACUCUACGUAUCCACUUUUCCACCUCUAAUCUAUGCGCUUUUGGGAACUACACGGCACAUCUCAAUUGGGACAUUUGCGGUUGUAGCCCUUCUAGUUCGCAGCGCAACAUCUGAAAUAUCUGACACGCUUAUCUACGAUCAGUUUGAUAACCAAACUUAUGUUUCGGAUCUAUUCACCAGAGGCCAGGUAGCGACAACUCUGUCAGCGGUCGUAGGAAUUCUUCAGAUUAUCAUGGGUUUGCUCGCAUUGGGCAGUUUAUCUGUCUUUUUCAGCGAACCAAUGCUGUCUGGAUUUGUUACUGGCGCCGCAAUGCACGUUAUUUCUGCUCAAUUACGAGAUCUACUCGACAUCAAAGUUUCACGAAGAAAAGGAGCUUUCAAAGCUCUACUUAGUCUCUACGAUAUUGUCGCGCACAUAACGGAGCUCAAUUGGAUGACCGCACUAUUUGGCAUUUCGGCUAUGCUGUUCAUUUAUCAGGGGCAGCUGCUUAACGAGCGUUUUAAAGCUAAGCUCUUCAUGCCUCUCCCAAUGGAACUCGUUACGGUCGUUGUUGCGACAAUUCUUAGCUACUUCAUUGGACUCCAAGAAAAGUAUGGCUCGUCGAUUAUGGGCCAUAUUCCGACAGGCGUGCCGCGGGUAUCUCUUCCUGAAGUUUCUUUGUUCCCUCUAAUGAUUAAAGACGCUUUAAUCAUUGCAUUCAUUAGUUACGUGAUCGCUCUAUCGCUAGGAAAGACUUUUGGGAGGCGAAAUCGUUACAACGUAGAUGCUAAUCAGGAGCUGGUGGCUAUGGGUGGAGCCAACGUCUUCGGAUCGUUUAUUGACUGCUUCCCAUGUGCCGCAUCUUUGUCCCGAAGCUCAGUUCAGGAGAAAGCAGGCGGGAAAACUCAACUAACGACGAUAUUUUCGUCGAUGUUUCUUUUUUUUACGAUUCUUUUUGCGGGACCGCUUUUCUUCUAUCUUCCAAAGUGCGUCCUUUCAUCAAUUAUCAUCGUAGCGUUAAAGGACAUGCUUUUCCAAGUGUACGAUUGCAUACGAUGCUCAAAGAUUUCAUUUAUUGAAUCGGGCGUGUGGCUGAGUACGUUUCUUGCUGUGUUUAUCAUCGACCUCGAGUACGGAAUCGUUGCAGGACCGUUGACUACCGUAGUUGCAUUGCUCUACAGAGACUCCAGGCCGCGUGUGCGCUUUGUUUCUUCGAUGUUUUGUGAGGGAUUAUUCAUUGAGUCAAUGAAUGGUGCGACUUCUACAUCGGCGACUGGCAGCGGCAAAGAAGUAUUGUUAGCUCGUAUCGAAUCCGAGGUCAAUUUCGUCAAUCGGGAUGCUCUCAAGGAACAGCUGCUCGCCCACAUGAGUGAUGAAUUGCUAUCAUCGAGCGUUUUUUCCGGUUUGCUGAUACUUGAUCUUACGCGCUGUCCGUUCGUUGACUGUUCAGGAUGCGUCACUCUGAAGGAGCUGGUGAUGUUGUUUACGGCUCGGGAGUUUCAUGUCUCCAUUGUUGGUGCUUCAGAGGAUGUAAUCGAAUUCAUGAUGUUAAUCAACGACCCAAAAGUGACCUUCAACCCAACCUUAAAGGACAUUGCCUUUGAUAUGAGUGCAGCAGCGCUUCCAGAGAGCCAUCGUUUCUAAAACCAGUCAUACAAAUUGACCACGAUUUGAGAAUAUGGAAUGCCUGACACUAUACACGUUUCAGUCAAUACACGUUUAUAUUCGAAUACUGAUUUGGGCACAAAUUUCUUAAAAAAGCCCAUGUCAGGACAAAGUAUUCCAUUAGUUUCGGGCGGCCUUUUGGCAAAAAUUUAUGCGCUUAACUUUGGCGCUACUGCGCAUCACGUAACAAGAUCUUUUAUCAUUUUUGUGUUUUUUGACGCCGACGAUCGGUGUCGCGCUAAUCUUCAACUGAACACCGAACCAGGCGGAGCUUCUUGGCAUAUGAUAUAACUUGUCAGGGUCAUGACCUUCUCGUAUAGGAUUAGGGUCGAAUUCUAGACACGUGUUGAUGCAUUUGGAUAUGUAACUUUUAAAAUGAUCAUUGCUCCAUAAGUUUCUCGAUGCAUUAAAAUAAACCUAUUCACUACUUGGAUAUUACAAUAGUGUUUUUUACUGGUGAUAUUUAUUAGAAGCUCAAAAUAAGUUAAUCUCAAAAUGGAAAUAAAAAUAGAAAAGUU